AAAUAACAGUAUACACACGUUCGCGGCCUACUAUGCUCGCUGCAAAGUGUUGAGCGAAUUCUUUCGGUUAAACGUGAAUGAUGGAUUAGUGUUGACUGCUGUGUAUUUUUUAAUUAUUUGUGCGUUAUAAAUAGUACUUCUGUACUUUCUACAUAAAAGGAUUCACAGACUAUAUUUCAUCAUGGCUGAAAAGGUCAAAACUGGGCAGAGUAAAAGUGCUCCAAAAGAUGCUCAAGUUAUACUAUCUAUUAUGAAAGAUAUGGGCAUUUCAGAAUAUGAACCAAAAGUAAUUAAUCAAUUAUUAGAGUUCACGUAUCGUUAUGUUCACACUAUUUUGGAAGACAGUAAAGUAUAUGCCAAUCACGCUAAAAAGAAAACUAUAGAUGUGGAAGAUGUACAACUUGCUGCCAAAAUGCAAAUGGAAAAAUCAUUCACCAAUCCUCCUCCUAGAGAAGUUUUAAUGGAUGUAGCCAAAGUGAAAAAUGUAGAACCAUUACCACCUGUCAAACCAAGUUAUGGCUUGAGAUUACCGCCUGACAGAUACUGUCUCAAUGGCACAAACUACAAACUCCACUCAGCUCCUUCUAAAAAAGGUGCAAAAGGUGGAAAAUUAAAUUCAGCUGGAUACAAAGUAGUCAAACGACCUGGUUCUACUGCCAAUCUUCCUAAAACCCAGACCAUAUCAAUGGCUAAACCCACACCUAAAGUGCAACCAGCAAGCAGUGUAAAAACGCAGAAACCGACAAAAGUGAAACCCAUGGAAAUGGAUAUACUGUCACCUGAUCUCGGUCAAGGUUCUUUAUCAGUAGGUGCCGAUGUGGAAUCAUCAUUGAAAAGAAAGCGGGAAGAUGAUUCUGAUGGAAAUUAUGAUAUGUCUUGAUAUUUUAAUUCAUGAGUUUUACUUGUAAAAUAUACAUAAUGAGAAAUUAGGCUUGAGAUUUUAGAACAAAACUUAUCAAUGGUUCAAUGGUUGAUAGUUAUUUUGUUUCAUAACAUAUACUAAGAUAUGUUACUUAAUAUACUUUUUAAUGCCAUCUGGAAAAAUAAGUAUAUCGCUGGAAGAGAGUAGCACUAAUUAUAAAAGCUGUGAUGUAAGA